AUGCGCUUCAUGGUCCAAUGGGCGUCGUCCUCUGCUGCCACGUCACCCGACCCGCGCUCCUUAUUCCAUUCGUCCGUCCCGGAGCAUAGUACCACGCCGGACCGCGGCAACAUUUCCUUUUCCUCCCGCACGCCGCUUGUUCCCGCGCUUCGAAGAAACCGUUCCUCUAACGCCUCCUCGUCGCCGCCGCUCGUUACAGGCACACCCGGCGCUUCCGCCAGCGGCGCAGCCACCGCGACGCCUCCGGUAGGGAAAUCCGCUUCCGCCAACGCCCGUUCCGCGACUGCCGCACCGCUCCUUUCCGCCUCGCAUUCCUUCUCCUCGCGCGGAGAUGAUGAGCGGCUGCCCGCGCGAACCCGCGCCGACCCUUCCGCCGCCGCGGUGGCAGCUGCCCCCUGCCCGCAUGCCGCCCCCGGCUGGGGGAUGCCCUGCUCUGCGUGCCUGCGGCGCGCGCUGGAAGGAGGCGGAGCUGUUCCGCGCUCGUCGUCCGCGGAGGGUCGCGUGCAGCAGCGCCCUGCGGGGGCGGAAGAGGCGGGGAACGGGGCGCGGGCGCCGGAAGGCAAGGCAGGAGGGCGGAGAGGAGAGGGAGAGGGGGAAAGCGAGAGCAAUGGGGCUGGGAGGGAGCCUUUUAGGGGCAUGGGCAGGGUGGGGGUUGGGGAAGGCAGGCUGGGGAAGGGGGAAGGGGAGAGUGGGGGGAUGGGGGAGAGCCGGAUGGGGGACGAGCGGGCAGUGGGGGGCGGGGAGGAUGGGGGGAGAGAAGAAGGGGAGGUGGGGAGUGGGAAGAGGGGGAGUGGGGAAGAGGGCGAUGGGGACGAGAGGGGUGGGGGGGAGGACCAUGGGGGGAAGAGGGAGCGUGGGGAGGGGAAGCGGCUGGGGCAAGAGAAGGAUCCGGGGGGUGGUGGGGAGAAGCAGCGGAGGGAAAAUGGGAUGGUGGGUGGUGGGGAGGAAGGGGGGCAGACAGGGGAAGAGGAGGAUGGGGAGGAGGAGGAGGGCGAGAAAGGGAAUGGGGAGGAGGAGGACGAAACAUGGGCAUGGGCGACAGAGGCAUGGGUAUGGGCAUGGGCAUGGGGGGAGGCAUGGGGGGAGGGAUGGGAGGGGCGGGUGGCGUGUCGGCGUGGCAGCAGCAGCGGCCCUUCCCUGGUUGGCCUGGGGGGCCGGGGGGGUACCCGCCCUUCCAUGGCUACUCCAACCGCAAGCCGUGGUGGCAGCGCUGCACUCUCUGGCUCCUCUGGAUACUCGUAA